AUGUUCUCAAGUCCUUUUGUACAUACGUUUACGAAAUUCACAAAUAUCGACUGUAAAGCGUUCGACAAACCAUUCGCCGAUUUCAAAAGUUGCCGUCUUCGUGUGCCAAAACGUGGUGAGAUCGCAUUAUCGGUGCAUGUGCGGUUAUUUCAGAUACCGGUUAACAAUGUCAGUAUAAAUCUCUCAUUUUUCAAGAAAGCUAGUGGUUACCGUCCUUUUUUGUAUAAUGUUUCGGCCGAUUUUUGUGCUUUUAUGGCGAAUAAAAAGCGUUUUCCUUUUAUAAACAUAGUCUUGGACGCUCUUCUGAAGGAUUCCAACAUUAAUCACACUUGUCCCUACAACCAUGAUAUAAUCGUCAACAAUUUAGUAUUACGUGACGAGAUGUUCGGUCGAAUUCCGGUGCCAGCGGGUGAAUAUAUGUUCAAAUUAAUGGUGGGCGCCUACAAUGAAUGGAAAGCGGAUAUAAAGGUCUACUUCUCAAUUAGGCUCAAUUAA